AUGUCACAUGUCAAAUCGCGUGCGGAAUCGUAUCAGAAUACGGUCGUUGAGCAGUGGGCGGACUGCCUACGUGAUCUGAAAGAAAUCGCGGGCCUGCUGCGUCUCGAGCGCCGCCGACGAAUCUUGGAAAGUUACACCCAAGCUGCGGUGACGACAACCAAUGACAUGGCUAGACCCGAGAAACAUACACCCAAUGGUGAGAACAAGCCGAAUAAAAUCGUCGCUCCCACAGAUGGGCCGGGUGUGCCCAUGUACAGCAUGGGGAGCCACAGGCGAUUAUGCCGUCGGAUUGAUCGCAUAAUGAAUCGGAUUGUCCGAGGUGACUCAUACUCACGGUCACUCCCUAAGCUGUGCAAGCAGCGCAGUCUACAGUCAGGCGCUGUCAAUGAAACCUCGAGCUUGCGAUCGAUGGUCCGGACGAUUAUGAGCCGCAAGGCGGAUGUUACAGUCCUGUCGACUGCAGUCGCGGAAGAUCAAGACCGCGUCCUCUCACCCAGCGGCUUCAACCUGUGCGAUCGAGAUGUACCAAGAAAUGUUCCGAAAAUCUCUGCGCAGACGCGCAGCUUGCUGCCAGAUGCCGUCGGGUCUUCUCGCGUCCUCGGACAUAUGCAGACUAUUCCGGUGAUCUCGGGUGAGAGGAACCUUCGUCCGCAUGUUUUCAUCGUUCAGCCAUAUUCUGAGCCUAUGGAAGACAGUACCCCCGGGCGCAGCAAUGCAAAGCCGAGAUUCCACCGCUGGGAUGGUGGUAGGCUAGCUUACACUGCGCCUAGAACGUUUGUAUGCUACGGUGCACAAACUUUGCUGAGAAAGAGCUUCCAUCCGUUGAUUAUGCAGCAUUGUCUAGCGGAGGGAAGUUGA